CCGCAUCAUCAUCGUCCAUCAUCCAUGCCUAGGCGCUUAGGCAGCCGUUCAGAUCUUCACGCUCAAGAGUCCUGAAAUAAGUCCUAACACAGUUGUCCCAAUUCGGACGAGAGAUGCAGCCAAAUCGACAAAUGGAUACGCAUGUUUCAGUCAAGAAAAUCUUUAGCAGCAGCCACCAACCCUUCCAUGAGGUGGCUACGUUUGCAGUGCAUUUCAAGAAAGCGCCCGGCUGCUUGGCGAUUGGAGCUUGAAAGUGAAAGAAGACUCAUGGAACACAGCCAGUUCGUCCCAAGACAAGGCGUCCAAGACAGGGGCCGGCCAUGAAAAGCAAAGCUGACGUCAAAUAUCAUAUGUAAAAACAACCUUGUUUAGAUUUGUCAUGAAAAAGAAAAGAAGAACCGACGACUGUUUGACAGUAUCAACAACCUUCGUCAUGAGAGAGAGGCUGUGCUACCAGGAGCGCCUAUGCGCAAUACGCCUUUGGACUACAAGGAGAAUUUCAAUGAAUCACGAGCCCAAUCUUGCUUACACAAAACGCUACCUACAACACAACAGCCAACCCGACCUUGUAAGGCUGGUGGCACAAUCGAGAGAUGAUGUAAGAGAACGGUCCAGGCACAUGAACCCCUUGCUCUAGUUUACUCACUCAAUUUAUGGUUGGCCUCCCCAAGAACCAACCAAGAUGCUUCAGCUAUAUCUAAAUAUGUGUAACUCUGCUGCAUUGCUGACUACAUUUGUAUCGCUUGCGAUCCGCCUUACGCGCGGCGGCGAGAGCUGACGCAGCGCUGAGAUAGCGAAAAUUCGCGCUCGUUUAUCAUUUAUCAUCUUUGUUUCCCUUCUCGUUGCCUUUUUUUAUAUUAUUCCUGGGCGCUGAAAAAGUUGAGUCACUGACCGAGGCGCCCCCAAUACGUCUUUCAUCCCAAGUUGGUUCGAUGCAGCUGAAGCCAUAAUCAAGGCGAGUUUGGAUCCUUGUUGGCGUGUCCAUCAUUUGUAAUUCUUAAUGUGGUGAGGGUCAACAAGAAAUAAUUGGAAGUUACACGCGCCAAACACGGCAAGUCCUUUUCGAAGUGCAUCCUGCCUGCCUUGAAGUCGAGAUGAUGAAUUCCAAUCUGAGAAGCUACUGGCAAGGUGCACCUUAGUCGUAAUGCAGUCACGUGGCCGAGUUCAUCCGCGCAUUGCCUCUCAAUGAGGCCUGCUAACAACCUGUCAAUGACGGCCUGUCCUUGUCUCGCAUGAACCGCUCCCUUUUCUCCUUUUUUCAACGUAUCGGAUUCAAAACAGGCUUUCCCCGGGGAUAGGCUAUCAUCUUGUGUGGUUAAUCCUAAGCGCCACGGGAAACGUAGAUAUGGGACGACACGCUCGGGAAACGAACUGAGAGAAGAGGAAAUAUCAAGCAACUUGCGCAUGACCUGCAACAUUUGUCGCCCGACCUAUUCGCAUUUGACUACCUCUAGAAGAAUUCUUGGUACCACCUCACUGGCUGGUUCUUGUGCCCCGGCGCAACAACUCGGCUGCCAUAGCUAGAAAUGGCAACAGACGCGGAUGUUGAUAUGGGAGGUGCCCCAACAGCCUCCGAUGACAUCCUGAAUGUUCCCCCAAGUGGGACAAAAAGAAACGCCGAUGGGCAGCCUAUUGACAAUUUGCCCGCAAAAAGUGAUGCACCUCGCAGAAUCAGGGCACUCGACCCAAACGUGGUGAACAAAAUUGCUGCUGGUGAAAUCAUUGUGGCUCCUGUUCACGCUCUCAAGGAGCUCAUCGAGAAUGCGGUCGAUGCUGGUGCGACCUCUCUGGAUGUCCUUGCCAAGGAUGGAGGGCUCAAGCUGCUACAGAUAACGGACAAUGGUUGUGGUAUCCAGAAAGAAGACUUGGCCAUUCUUUGUGAGCGUCACACCACAUCUAAAAUCACCAGCUUUGAAGAUCUGGCAGCCAUUGCGACAUAUGGCUUCAGGGGCGAGGCUCUUGCCAGUAUCAGCCACAUCGCCCAUCUCUCCGUGACCACCAAGACGAAAGAUUCAGAUCUGGCAUGGAGAGCCCACUACCUUGAUGGAAAGCUUGCGCCGGCAAAGCCUGGCCAGUCGGCAGAGCCCAAAGGCGUUGCAGGUCGUCCUGGCACACAAAUCACAGUGGAAGACCUUUUCUAUAAUAUACCGACUCGAAGAAGAGCCUUUCGUUCGCCGGCUGAUGAGUUCAACAAGAUCAUCGAUAUGGUUGGUCGGUACGCUGUGCACUGCAAAGGCGUUGGAUUCGCUUGCAAGAAGGCAGGCGAAGCCUCGACAAAUCUAUCGAUACAAGCUCAGGCCACUGUCAUUGAUCGCAUUCGUCAAAUCCACGGUAGUGCCGUGGCUAACGAGCUUUUGGAAUUCUCAGUCGCCGAAGACCGGUGGGGUUUCAAAGCUGAAGGCUUCACAACCAAUGCAAAUUACUCCGUCAAAAAGACAACACUUUUGCUCUUCAUCAAUCAUCGAUGUGUAGAAUCAACCCACAUAAAGAAGGCAAUCGAGCAAACCUAUGCUAAUUUCUUGCCUAAGAACGGCCAUCCAUUCAUCUAUCUUAGUCUUGAAAUCGAACCAGCUCGGGUGGAUGUCAACGUUCAUCCAACAAAGAGAGAGGUUCACUUCCUCAACGAAGACGAGAUCAUUCAAUCUAUAUGUGAGCAUAUCGAGUCUAAACUUGCUGCAGUGGAUACGAGCCGGACAUUCAUGACACAGACACUUCUUCCUGGUGCAAAAGUGAUCGAUUUCACCCCACAAACAGAAAGUGACGGCACGCCGAGUCGAAGAACUCCAGCAUCAAAGAAGCGAAGAUACUCGAAUGACCUAGUGAGGACGGACACAACUGAGCGGAAGAUUACAUCGAUGUUUGCCCGAGCUGGCCCAAGCGAGUCGACCGGCUCCAUGGACCGCACAGCGGAAAAAACUACUGCCCCUGAAGCUCAGGAAUACGAGAUAGUUGAGCGCGAGCUGGUGCAAUGCCGACUGAACAGCGUAAAAAAGUUGAGAGACGAAGUUAGAGAAGAUACGCACCACGAUCUAACCGAGAUAUUUUCCACCCAUACUUUCGUGGGUAUCGUUGAUGAGCGAAGACGGUUGGCGGCAAUCCAAGGCGAUGUCAGACUGUACCUGAUCGAUUACGGGCGAACUUGCUACGAGUACUUUUACCAACUGGCCCUUACAGAUUUUGGUAAUUUUGGUGCCAUCAAGUUCAACCCCUCGUUGGACCUUCGCGAGCUACUUCGAAAGGCAGCAGAGAUUGAGAAGAGCUCUAUAACCUCGCCUGAGGAUGAUUUCGAAGUCGAAACCUUGGUAGACCGGGUAGCGGAUCAGCUCAUUGAGCGCCGCGAGAUGCUUCUUGAGUACUUCUCUCUCGAAAUAUCACCUGCUGGCGAACUCGUGUCAUUACCACUACUAUUGAAGGGGUACACACCACCUCUCGUUAAACUCCCCCGCUUCCUCCUCCGCCUUGGCCCUAGUGUUGACUGGACUGAGGAAAAGGCCUGCUUUGACUCUUUCGUACGCGAACUAGCCACCUUUUACGUUCCAGAACAAUUGCCAAGUUUGCCCGGGGACGCAGACAGUAUUCGUGAGGAGGACAUCCCAGAAGAGUUGCGGGCAAGGCGGCAACAUAUCAGACACGCUAUUGAGCACGUCUUCUUUCCAGCAUUUAAAGCGAGGUUGGUAGCGACCAGGUCGCUGAUGGAAGAUGGAGUUCUGGAGGUUGCAAAUUUGAAAGGCCUUUAUCGGGUUUUUGAACGGUGUUAAGAGAGGCAGGUUUGCUCUAGACGAUGGGAUAUAAUGGCAUGUUAUUUCGGGACUACUAAGAUUUUGAGAUCAACAGUUUCAGGGGCCUUGGUGCAAAGUACUGGGACCAAUUUAAAGGCACCAAAGAUAAAUUCAGUACAAUAAUUGUUCAAAGAUUCUCAUGGGAUGCAAAGUGGGUACCAAGGGCAAAAGAAAUGAGAGGUAAAUCAGAAAUGGAUCAAAUUUCUAUAGACGUCCAGAAAAAUCAAGUGCUUUUAUUUAACCAAUUAUGCCUGGGGCUUGUUCUUUCGUUUGUAAGUCAGGAACCGA